AUGCAGAACCCGUCACUAGGACAAAGUCUUACUGAUACAGACACGUUGCAGCGAAUGUCUCUAAAAGACCUGGCAGUUGAAGUAGGUGGUACAUCGUUUGAUGAAAGUGACUAUAGCUUGAAUGGAAGGACAAUUAACGAAGAAAGUACCAACCUUGAAGUCAUGCAGCAAAGCCUCCCUGUAGUGAAUAGCAAAGGGAGAAGUUGCGAGGGGUUUUCUGAGAGCAGUUAUAGUACCUCAGAACCCAGUGGUUCCUGGGGUGAUUUUGAAGGCUUCAAGGAGUCCUUGGAUGAGUCAGAGAGAUUCAGUCAUAAUCUUGAAAUUUUCAUGAAGUCAACAAAAACUUCUGGAGUUGAUAAAGACUUAAGCAGCGGACACUGUAGCUCUAAUGCUGGUCACUUUUUUCCUGAGCCAUCUCUACACAGUGUGAUACAGGAUGCUUCAAGCUCUCCAAAUGAGGCAAGCCAGAGCUGUGAGGAUAUAUUUAAGCUGAGCUUUCCAGAAGUCUUUGUAUCACAGUCCAGAGAGAGCGCAAGAAGCUUAGAUCAAAUACUUGAUACAAAUAAUGAAGAUGUUGGGAUUCCUGAAUUCAUGAAGACACAACUUUGCACUGAUUCUGGAAAUAUAUGGAGAACACUUAGAAACUUUUAUAAUGCUCCCAGUAUAAGACAUCCCUGGAGUAAAUCUCUUUGCCAAGAAAACCUCUUGAGUGUUCUUGGAAUAGAUGCAAAUCAAAAGGACUUUUUGGAGAGCGAGGGUGACAUUUUUGAGGAAUCAAAUGUUAAAGAUACUGAGGACUUCAGAUUUGAUGGAUUCAGUAUUAAUGACUGCAAAGCACUGAUCCAGACCAAGCUUUCUGUAUCACCAGACUCCAGACAUGGUCAUCUUUUUACCUGUGACCUCUUCUUGAAAACCACAUCAUCAAAUGGGAACAUGCAGUAUAUCACAACCCCAAGGAAGAAGCACAUUUUCACUGCAUGCAACCUAAAAAUGAAAUUUUUUCAGUAG